CUCUUCCGUAGCCAGUUGGGCUCAAGCCGUCUGGGCUCGCCGCGGCGUUGGCCUUUCUGUCCCCCUUUGUCCGCUGGCGGCCGCUACCAAAUCUUCCCAUGGCGAACAUCGAGGCCAAGAAGAAGGAGUGGACCGCGUGCUUGGCAAAGAGCGUCGGCGUCCCCAGCAAGUGCGAGAAGCUGCAGAACGAGCUGACUGCCAUGGCGAAGGCGAGCAACACUGACUGCUGCAUUGGCCAAACCGUCAACCUCAUGAAGUGCACCGCCAGCAGCCACAAGGCGGCAGGCUGCGCCGAGGAGUUCGUCGCCAUGCGCGAGUGCAACCGUGCCAGCGGAGCGCAGCUGGUGCGCGCGAGCUCUGGGUACGACGUCGCCCCGGGCAAGGGCGGCCUCUUCGAGGGGCUGGCCUCCACGCUCACCGGGUGCUCUGCGCCGGUGCGGACGCUGGAGGGCAUGCGGGCGUUUGGCCAGGAGUACGCGGCCAGCCUCGGGGUGCCCGGAGGCCAUGUCCGCUUCUGAGCGCUGCGCCCCUGGGGCGCAGGCCGCUCCAGAGCGCCCGCGCCGCGAGCGGCCUCGGCACGCCGCGCGCGCUCGCGCUCCGGGCAGUGCCCUGUCCCUGCUCGGCUCGCGGCUCCCGUCAUGUCCUCUGGUUCGUCCAUGGCCGCCCUCUCCUGCUCCCUCUCGUCC